GUAUGGGAUGUAUGUGAGCGGGUGUACUCUUGUUUACAUGCAUGCCUGCAUUUGGGACACACUCUCAUGUAUUCCGUGGACUGUAGCUGCUUCUCCUUCACACUCUGAGAAUUUUCCAGAUCUCACUUUCAGGAAUUGUGUGCUGUUUUGUUUUACCUCUCACUCAUGAAAUUCUUCAAAGGCCUCCUCUGUGCCACCCUGCCACUCUGGACCGAUCUGGAUCUAAACUGCUCCCUGGCAGGAUGGAAUUGCCAAAUUUAGACUCCACUGCAUGACGUUUCUGGAUGGACCAUAAAACCCCAAAUAAACAGGGAUGAAUGAGUGUGCAAGUGGGUCACUCCCCUGCUUUGUUUAUUUGUCUUGCUUGGUCCAGCCGAGACUCAACGCAGGUUACCAUCAAAAUGGUGGCUGGAGAGGCAAGUGGGCACAGCUACCUGGUGGCGUGCUGGCAGCCCAUUCUCAUCCUGAUGCUGGGCACCGUGCUGUCGGGCUCUGCCACCGGCUGCCCCUCUCGCUGCGACUGCAGUGCCCAAGAGCGCUCAGUUGUGUGCCAUCGGCGGAAGCUGAUUGCCCUGCCCGAGGGAAUUCCCAUUGAUACACGGCUGUUAGAUCUCAGCAAGAACCGCUUGAAAGCCAUCAACCCUGAGGAGUUUCUCAACUACCCACACCUGGAGGAGCUGCAGCUUAACGAGAACGUUAUUUCCGUCAUUGAACCAGGGGCCUUCAGCAACCUCCUUGGGUUACGGACACUAGGACUACGCAAUAACAAGCUUAAGUUGAUCCAGCUGGGUGUUUUCACUGGCCUCAGUAACCUCACUAGAUUAGAUAUUAGUGAGAAUAAGAUUGUCAUUUUGUUGGACCAUAUGUUUCAAGACCUCUACAAUCUGAAGGAGCUGGAGGUUGGGGAUAAUGACCUGGUGUUCAUCUCUCACAGAGCUUUUCAUGGCCUUAGCAGCCUUGAGCAGCUCACGAUGGAAAUAUGCAACCUGACCUCUGUGCCAACAGAGGCCUUCAGUCAUCUUCACAACCUGAUGACCCUCAGGCUGCGGCAUCUCAACAUCAACGUCAUUCAAGAUUAUUCCUUCAGGAGGCUCUAUCGACUCAAAGUCUUGGAAAUAACAAACUGGCCUCUUUUGGAAAACUUGACCCCCAAGUCCCUCCAUGGGCUCAACAUCACAACCUUGAGUAUUACAAACUGUAAUCUCACUGCCGUUCCUUAUAUGGCCAUUCAGCACCUGGUGUACCUUCGCUUUUUCAACCUGUCCUUCAAUCCCAUCGAGGUUGUGGAGGGCAACAAAAUGCACAAUUUGCUGAGGCUCCAGGCAUUUCACUUGGUAGGGGGCCGGCUUGUCAGCAUUGAGCCUUAUUCCUUCAGAGGACUCAACUACCUUCGAGUUCUCAAUGUAUCCAGCAAUAGUCUAAGCACUUUAGAGGAGUCUGCCUUUCACUCGGUUGGCAACCUGGAGACGUUGGCUCUUCAUGACAAUCCCUUGGCAUGUGACUGUCGUCUUCUCUGGGUCUUUCGCCGCCGAUGGAGACUUAAUUUCAACCGCCAGCAGCCAUCUUGUGAAACACCAGAGUUUUUGCAGGGUAAAGAGUUUAAAGACUUCCCAGAUGUUCUCCCACCCAAUUAUUUCACCUGUCAAAAAUCAAAGAUCCAGGAUCACAAAGCCGUUCAUAGAUUUGUGGAUGAGGGGACCACUGUUCAGUUCCCUUGCCAAGCCGAUGGAGACCCGGCACCGGUGAUUAUGUGGCUGUCUCCAAAAAAGCAAUUUAUCACUACUAAAAGCAUUGGCCGUCUGUCGGUGUCUCCGGACGGCACCCUGGAGGUUAGAUAUGCCCAAAUACAAGAUAAUGGCACAUACACGUGUGUUGCUGUCAAUGCAGGGGGUAAUGACACACGUUUGGCUCAUCUACAUGUUCAUAGCUAUUCUCCCAAUUGGCCCCAUCAGCCCAAUAAGACCUUUGCCUUCAUCUCAAACCAGCCCAAUGAUAGUGGUGCCAAUGGGACUGGUGGAACAGAUCCCUUUCCCUUUGAUAUGAAGACUCUCAUUAUUGCUACUACUAUGGGGUUUAUCUCUUUUCUGGGAGUGGUGCUGUUUUGUCUGGUGCUCCUGUUCCUUUGGAGUCGGGGGAAAGGCAAUGUCAAGCCAAACAUUGAGAUUGAGUAUGUACCACGGAAAGUAGAUGGAGAUAACAGCCCAACUGAGGGGUCUCAUAAGAUCAGUAUGAAGAUGAUUUAAAUGACUAAUCACCAUUGUGUGUGCAUUAGGUGUUAUUGACAAAAGACUUACCUUGAGGAUUGAGGGAGUAGAUAUCUUUGCAACCCCGGAUGGAAUUUUGAAAAGAACAAUAUUCCAACAAAAGCCUUUUACAUUUUUUUUUUUUACAGAA